AUGGGUUGUAAUUCAUCUAAAGACGGUAAAUAACCAAACACAAAGAAAAUUGGGAAAAAGGGAGCUCAAGCUUCCCCACAAAGAAGCCCUAGAAAGAGAGAUCACAGUCCUAGCAAUUUUAAGGCAGUAAAUGAGGCUGAACUCCAAAAGCACAAACCUCAAGACAUCUUAGGAUUUAUAAAAACCGGAAACGUCAGCAUGGUCCAUGCACUUAUCAAUCACUAUAAAUUAGGAUAGGCUGUUAUAUUAUUAACCGGAGACAAGGAUGGAUUUUCAUUUACAAAGACUGCUGAAGGCUAAGUUUCAACAACUAAUUGGAAUCCAAUCUUGCUAGCUAUCCGCUAUAAAUAAUAUGAAGUCUUAAGAUACUUAGUUGAGACUCAGAAGAUAGCAAUAAGACAUGCAGGAAAGCAACCAGGCAGUGAAGGAGGCAAGAGUGCAGAUGAGAUGGCAGGAUAGCAAGUUUACUCAGUUUUGAUUUCAAUCGCUAACAAAGACUUGAAGAUAUUCAGUUAUUUGUGGGAUAUUUACACAGCUUGGGAUGAAACUCAUCUCUAAAGAGUAAUCAAGGAAUUAGUUAAUGAGAAAUGGCACCAAGGUCUUUCAUACCUAUUGAAAUCAUUCACAACAGAGAUUAUAUUCAACUCGUAACUGCCAGAGAAGUAAAUUGAAAUUGUUAGAGCUUGGUAUGGAUUAAGAUCAUAAGAAACUCCAGAUAUUAAAAAAGCAUUUGAUGAGGUCCUAUAAUCAAGACCAUAUGCUAUCUCCACAAUAUAUGUCCAAUUAUCAGAUAAGUCGGACCAAUUAUUGAGUAGACCUGAAAAACUUGCUCACCUGACUAAAGCAAUAUAAUUCCUAGACGGUCAUCCUCUAGCCCAGUUUAAAUUCAGUGAUGAAUCAUAUCUCUUCUAUGAAUUGCAAGAUAAGAUUGCUUAAUUCGAUCAAUUAGGGGAAAAAGAAAAAGCUUUAAUGGCCACUCUUAGUGAAACUAUCACUAAUAGAUUAGAGGAAGUCUCAACUGUAGAGGACUAUAAGGAUUAAGAAGCAUUUGAUGAUUCAACAAAUGCUCUCAUUGAAGCUUAUAAAUCUGCCAAACUUGAGUAAAUCAGAGCUGCUCAUGAGCAGAGAGAAAGAAAAAGAGUACCUCAAGCAUAGGGUUCAAAUCACGUAGUAGAUUUUGAAGAACUCAAUCGAAUGCCAUAUUUCUACUGGACUGGUUUAGCUCAAAUGAUUUGGUAAUCUGAAAAUAAUAUAGAAGAAGAUCAGAUUGAAGUCUUCAAAUAUAUUUUGACAGGAGGUUUUAACAUUAGAUAAGCCUUGCUACAGACAAACUUAAAAGGAAAGAACACAGAUGAUGUUCCAAGAGUCCCACCAAAUCUUGGUAACUGUCUCAUUCUGACUCUUAACAAACUAAGAUUCAAUCUGUAUGAGUAUCUAUGGAGCGUUGAAUGGAUCAAUGUUUGGGGACCAAAACAUUUCACAAUGAUCACAGACAUUAUCUCAAGAUAACAGGAAAAUUUUGAGAAAUUAUAGUUACUUCUUGACCAUCACUUAAACAGUCCAGUAGGUACCAAUCUAUUCCUCGAUAUGACAGUUAGUUAAAGAUUUGCUUUUGUCUAGAAAAUCUAUAACAACUUUGGUAGAUCAUAUGAUGUUUAGCAAUGCUUAAGCAAGAGACACUAUGCUCCAUAUCUACUUUUGUUACUCACUGAAAGAGACACAUUUAUGAGAACUAGCAAUUUUUCUCUAUAUAACUAAGCUUUAGGUAAUACUACCAAGCUAGAACUAGAAAUUAUAGCUAAUGCUUCAGAUGAACAUGAGGAAAGAUUCAUGAAAUUCCUAAGAUAUAUUGACAUGCUUGAAUAAACAGACUAGAAAAAGGUGGAAGGCAAAAAGUUUAUUUCCAUGAUAUUUGAUAUUGCCAAAUUCCAAGCUUAUAAUGGAAUUAGUCUCAACAUUUUGGAUCAUGAAUCACGAAUUCAAGAUGAGGAGUAAAACGGAGCUGAUGAUGUAUAAGGAUUUGACGAUGAAGAUCAUCAUGAUGCUAGAGCAGGCAAAGCCAUUCAUUAAAGCACUCUUGCAAAGAAAAAUCCAAAGGACUUCGAUCUCUAAGCAUUCCACAAACACCUUCACUCAGGAAAACAAGAUCAGAUUAUAGAUCAUAUCAAACAGUUUAAAUUUACUGACUUACUGUAUUUUAGAGGGUCACCUAAUCUUAGUCUUAAAACUUAUCUAAUGAAGCUCAAUGAUCUUAAAUUGGUAAAUCUUAAAUAUGACUAAUUGACUCUAUUGCAAGUAGCAAUCCUGAACAAGUCUCAUAAAUUGGUUAGUUUUAUCCUCAAUGAAUAUAAAGUGAUGAACGCACUUAGAGAAAUCAAAGCGAUUGACUAGAGAUAUCUUACUGUUAGUCCAAAUGGAGAAGAUAACACUCUCACACUUAGACUACUAGAUCAAGUUAAUGAAUAAGGCUUGCUAUGGAACUUAUGGUCUAACAGAGCUAAUUACACUCCCAGAGAUCUGUUAAUUAUGGCUAAGUAUUAUUUGCGAUCACAAAACAGUGAAAAUUUCAAGAAUCUAUUAUAUUCAGGGACUUCAUAAUAUCUCUACUAAGAGAUGAGUGCAAAGCUUAGAUAAGAAUUUUACCUAGUUAUUUCAGCAACCUAAGAAUGGGAUAGCUUUCCUGAAAUUGAUCAAAUCUACUCUACAUAUAAGGAUCUUGGAGAGGAUACUUAUUACCAACUCUCUCAAUAAAUUUUCCAAGCUAUUGAGAAUGAUGAUGGUUAAUUGCUUAAGAGCAUCAUAGAGGAUAACUCCAUCAGAUCUUUGAACAGCAUUUCUUUGUAGGAUUAUGUUGAAGAUAAAUUGGUGCUAGAUAUUCCAGGGGAUGAUGAUAUUUUUGUUAGACAUUUGAAUGUUCUAUUAUACUCUGUUUAUAUGAAGAAACCAAAGGCAGUGAAAGCUAUUGUUGAGUCUCCUUGCUUGAGAGCACUUUAGGGUUAUGAUGACCUCGGAAAUGACAUUUCAGUGACAACUCAAACAUAGCAUCAUCAUCAUUUCAGCAGCAUGCUCAUCCCAAUUCUAAUUGCUUCAAAAGACACUGAAAUUCUCAACAUCUUGCUCAAGGGUGAUCACAUCCUUCUCAGUUAUUAAGAUUGCCUAUCUUUUAUCAACUGGUCAGUUAGAGAGAACUUCUUACUAGGCCUCAAAAUUUUCUUGACUUCUCCAUCUGUGCAUUUCUACUAUCAAACCUUCACUCAUGAAAAUCAAAGAGAACUUAUUCAUGCCAUCCUCAAAGCAGUUCUAUAUUAGACUGAGAAUGCUGAACUAAAGAAAACUUAAUUCCAUAGUUUAGUUGAAGAACAGCUAACCAAGAGGCCAUACAGUUAAAUGCUCACUCUUUUGUUCAUGGAGGACCCUCAACUUAAUGAUGGCAAGUUUGACUUAGCCUAAGUAGUGAGAAACUGCAACAAAACUGUUUCUAGCGAAGAUCUUAUGCAACUAGGUCAAUCGCAUACUCAGAAGAUGAAUCAGUUUGAACAGAGAUAUAUCUAAGAAGGAAACACUUUUGAAGGUGAACUCUCGAAAAUUAUUAGAAGAUAUAUAGCUGAUUCAAAAUUCGUAAAAGACCUGCCAAGUCAGCCAGCAUCAUCAACUGAUAUUAGAAAGUAGGUUAGAUUCGAUGAAAAUGAUGAUAACUAGCCACUUAGAAUUGAGGCUGAAAACAGAGUCUGA